AAAACACUUGCUUGUCAAAAACUUUGUAGGGUGCCUUCAUCGCUAUGAGCCUUAGAGUUGCAUACAAAUUGGUGCAAUCCGUAAGUGCUUAUUGCUGCCUAUAUAUAGAGCACAAGCAAACACCUUAUGGAUCAUCCCUCUCAUUUUUCAAAUGGCCUCAUACAUGAAUCUUCUCUCAGAUCCAAUCAUCAUAACAACAGUGACACCUAUAUUUUUACUCCUUGUUUUCCUAUAUGUCUACAAGCAACAACCAACAAAUGGGAGGAAGUAUUAUCCGGUUGGAGGGAAUGUAUUUGGCAUACUCAUUAACUUCAACACGAUGCAUGAUUACAUGGCUCAUCGAGCAGAAAAAUACAAAACUUACAGAAUGCUUAGCCCUUUGCAUCGUGAAAUUUAUACAAUUGAUCCCGUGAAUGUGGAAUAUAUUCUCAAGACGAAUUUCAAAAAUUAUGGAAAGGGAACAUAUACCCGCGACAUUCUAAAGGAACUACUUGGUGAUGGAAUAUUCACAGUCGAUGGGGACAAAUGGCGAGAACAAAGGAAGGUUUCGAGUCAUGAGUUCUCUACGACAGUCUUAAGGGAUUUUAGUAGUGUAAUUUUCAGAAACAAUACAAUAAAACUGGGGAACAUAUUGUCAGAAGCAGCAAAGAACAUGCAAAUAGUCGAUAUAAACGAUUUAUUCUUGAAGACAACCAUGGAUUCAAUAUUUAAUGUUGGUUUUGGGAUUGAUCUUGAUAACAUGAGUGGUUCUAGUGAAGAAGGUGUCAGAUUCAGUCGUGCAUUUGAUGAUGCGAACACCUUAACAUAUCGACGAUUUGUUGACGUAUUUUGGAAGAUAAAGAAAUAUCUAAAUAUUGGCUCCGAAGCUGAGUUGAAGAAAAAUAUACAAGUCAUUGAUGAGUUCGUUUACAAGUUGAUCCAGAUCAAAUCCGAAGAAAUGCAUAAGACAAAGAAUGAGCAUUCAGUCUUCAUAAAAAAAGACAUUCUAUCGAGGUUUCUUCAGAUCAAAGAUAAAGACCCAAAGUUCAUACGGGAUAUAAUACUAAACUUCGUACUUGCUGGUAAAGAUCCCAUAGGGCUUACUAUGUCUUGGUUCAUUUACAUGCUUUGCAAGCAUCCUGAUGUUCAAGAUAGGGUUGCAAAAGAAAUCAAAGAAGCAACGAACGUAAAAGAAGACAUCACAAAUGUUGCAGAUUUUGCUGCCCAUGUGACUGAACUUGCGCUUGUGAAGAUGCAAUAUCUUCAUGCAGCUUUGACAGAAACUAUCAGACUCUAUCCUGCAUUGCCAUUGGACCCAAAGAUAUGCUUUUCAGAUGAUGUUCUACCAGAUGGUGGUAUUGUGAAGAAAGGGGAUAUGGUAUCGUAUCUGCCAUAUGCAAUGGGGAGGAUGAAAUUCGUAUGGGGUGACGACGCACUCGAGUUUAAGCCAGAAAGGUGGCUUGAUGACAAUGGUUGCUUCCGUCCAGAGAGCCCCUUCAAAUUUACCGCAUUUCAGGUUAGUGUGUUUCAAUUUCGUAAGAAAAAGUUACGACUUUGGAUAUGAAAGGCAUACUAAUAUUGUAACAUCGAUGUGGUGGAAUUUUUAACUAUUUUUGCCAACAUAUCCAAUUUAAUAUAUUAACACAUCAUCCUUCUACUCUUCGAUCUUCAUACAAGUUUACAAUAAUUUUCCUAUAAUGCAAUGAAUUUUACAAAGAUCAAUGAUAUAUAUAUAUAUAUAUAUAUAUAUAUAUAUAUAUAUAUAUAUAUAUAUAUUAAAAAAAAUUGAUUCAAUAGUUUAAUGGUUAUAGAACUUCAUAUUCAUUGAACUAUUGUAUUAUGUAUUAAUUUUUUCAAAUAGCA